AUGGCCUCGAUGUUUCCUCUUGCGCUGAUUGAAAGAUUUGUUGUGUUGAAAUCAGUCGACUGUACAGACCUUUCAGCAUCUGAUCGGUUCUUUUAUGCCAUCAUACAAAACGCGUUUGUACCUCUCUCAAGAAACGCACAUGUUUGGAGGCCAUGCGUUGUUCCUGUACCAGACAAAUCUAACAGAGUUCCAGUACAGAGCUUGAAUUACGACAUAUUCUACGGUUCAAGUCACCCUUAUAGCCCACCACUUUCUGACGUUGACGAGGAUGAGAUGGAGCAUAUCAUCAUCAAGACCGCAUACAAUCUGCUUGCAUCAGAGAACAAGAGCUUCAAGACACCAAGAAACAAGGCAGACAAUGAUACCUGGAGUGCUAAUGAAAGAUUGCAAGCUGAGCGGGGUGAGAGGGUAAGAAGUAUUGACAGUUUGUGGGCGAAGGGUAAUGAGGCCCCAAAGGAGGUUCAACCGUGGCUUCUAGAGAAAGAAGGCAUGCGUACUAACUACCAGCAGGUGAUUCCGUAUAUAUCAAAAGAUCUGCGUAAACACCAACACAUCUACUCUACAAUCUCCCAUGUAUAUGCGGAGCUCUUUGAGUGGAUGGAGACUUUUCUGCAAGAAGAGUUUGAGAUGCUGAUGGAGGUUGUGUCUAUGUUGCCUGGCAAUCACUCUCCACCUUUUGCACCAUUUAUAUCUUUGGUCACCAACAUCAAUGUAAGGACAAAGGCCCAUCGUGAUGGACAGGAUCGCCAUUUAUGUCUUGUCAUACCUAUCGGACACUUUCAAGGAGGUGCUUUGUGCCUGCUAGAGAAUGGGCUUGUCCUGGAGUUGCGUUCUGGUGAUGUUGUGCUCUUUAGGUCAAGUGAGGUCACUCAUUUUAACCUUGACUAUAACGGUGCAAGGGUGUCUCCUGUCUUUCAGACAGACAGGGAGUUUUCAGCAUGGCUUAAAAAUCAAAAUGGUUGGAUAUGUUUGUUACCGCCUAAUUAUAAAGUUUUGGAUUAUGUUCAAAUCUUACUUCCAUAUAAAAUGACACACAAGGCCACCAAGCCUCAGGCUAAAGGAAAGGUGACAAGGGCACUUACACCGGCACCCCCUAUAGCCAAGAUCAGGGCGCAAAGGAAACCAACUGGGUCCAAAGUGCAGGUUUCAGAUGACCAAUAUGAAGAAUUCCUCAAGUUUCAAGCACAGAAGAAGAAGAAAGCAGCCGAGGUCAAUCAUAAAGAAAAUGUUCAGAAGAAAGUGGAUGCUAUGUUAGAUGAAGAGACGCAAAAGAGGCAGGUCUUUGCUUCAACAUAUUUGACACAGCUAACUGUUGCAAUAGUGUCACAUUCACAUCCAGUGGUUCCAGAUGACAGUGACAUGGAUCAUAUAGAUGAUGCUGAUCCUGCAGACAUUUUACCUUCAGUUGUUCCUCCUAAAGAGGAAGAAUCUAUGCCUAGUCCUGAUGGGGCCAAUGAGCAUAGUGGUGAUGAGGGUGCCAAUGAUGGAGAUGAAGAUGUGUCAGUUAAGAGCACAGGUACUAGAAGGAGAACAAAUGGGCUUAUUAAGGUCAAGGAUGAGCCCCAGGAAGAUAAUGGAGAGAGGAUUCAUAGGAAAAGAGUACACAAAGGUGACACUAAACUACCUACCACUUUAGCUUCCUUGAAGAAGGAUGGGUGUGGUUCCUUAGUCGAUCUUGCUCACCAGCUACUUCACAUCAAGAUAGCUUUGGUGAAUGCUUUUCCAGGCCCUUCUGUGGAUGUGCAGGACUCCUUUGCAUGGGACUGCAUCAAAGAAGCGGUCAAGAAUCCAGGCUCUCCCCUGAAGCCAAUGUUUGAUGCCAUCAGCCAAGAUCCUAUUUUGAAGAAUAGAGCUCUAACUUAUGUGUGGUCUGGUGCUAGUCAGUUGAGAGGGGAGCUGGUUAGAAAGGCGAGAGAGAAUGUCAUUUUUCUAUUGCAGCAAAUGAAACCUAGGGAUAUUGGUGAAGUCGCUUCAUGGCUUGUUUCUGCCAAAAAGGAUCCUUUUCUAUGUGGUGAAUUGGAUCUCAAGAGCAAGACCUUCAACAAGAAUCUACCAUUUCGUGCAGCACUCUUGCGUCAACUACUCAUCAGUCAAUUUCUUCAAAGCGCAGUAUCAGAAGGUUUGCUGUACAAGGAUGAGUUUGAAAAACUCCCUGAUAACCUUCUUGCAUUAAUUGCUACUGUGGCUGAAUGCACAUUCAAUGGUAUGCUCACUGGUUCCCCAGUCGUCAUAGAAUUCAAAGAGCCAGUCUUUCAACCAAGGGAGGCAUGUCGCUUUGUAGUGAGAGAGGAUAAGGAUUUUGGGUCAGAAUUAGAUUUUGAUGCUAUGGAGGCGUCAGCUAGAGUACAAACUAAUGCUCCUAGUACUACUUCUGAUGUUGCUAUUGCUUAA